AUGAGUGAACAGGAUGAUAUCGAUUUUACGAAAUUGUCGUUAGAUGAAAGACUAAAUAAUAAAUUAUGGAAGGCAAGAUUGCAUGGAUAUCAGGAACUUAUAGAAAUUUUUGAAAGAGGUAAUAAGGAAAGAUGUAACCAGUAUUGGAAAGAUCCCAAUUUGUUCAGUCAGUAUCUUGGCGAUGCUAAUGUGGUAGCACAAGAACAAGCAGUUGUCGCUUUGUCUACUCUGCUAAAUCAAUAUUACGAUAAAACUUUAUCAUUGCCAAUAAACUCUAAUAAUUUUAAGCAAGUUUUGCAAGAUUGGUUACCAAUAUUAAUAGAAAAAUGUUUAUCUUCAACUAGAAAUUUAACUAAAACAAAUUCAUUAAAUUGCAUUCUUAAAUUAUGUUCAUUUGAUAAUAGCAUUUUCAGUUCAAUUGAAAUAAUUUUACCAAUUCUAAACAAAAAGGGUCCUCCAAAAAUUUUAAUCUCCUCUUUAUUGGCAUUAACUGAAAUCAUUAAGAAUUUUACUUUUAUAAAUAUAGACGUAUCAAUGGCAUUGCCUAUAUUAGUUGAAAACUUACCUAAAUUAGCAGCACAUGCUGAUAAAAAUAUAAGAUCAAAUACAAUGGAUUUAAUUGUAGAAAUUUAUGAUAAAUUGGGUAGAAAUCAAGAUAUUAUACAGGAUUUGUUGCUAGAUCAAUUAAAACCUAUCCAGCAACGUGAUCUAAUAACUUUAUUUAAUAAAUUGCCAACUAAUGAUAUUAAUGAUAACUCUGAUGAUAAAAUAAUGUUUCAAUGGGAAAGGAAACAAUCAAUGCAGAAUUUAAAGGAAAAUAAAAAUAGUAAUGAAAAUUUUGAUGUAGAUGAAGAUGGAGAUACGGUGAUGGAAUUUAAUACAAAUAAUUUGAGUAAAACUUCAAAAAAUCAAAUAGAUAUAGAUCCAUUUACGUUAUUAAAAGAAGAGACUAUUUUGGAUCGAUUUCCAGAGGACUUUUACGGUAGGUUAGGCUCAGCAAAAUGGAAAGAUAGAGUUGAAGCAUUACAAGAGUAUUAUGAUAAUGUGCUUAUGAAAACCAAGAGAAUUAGAAACGAUGGCCAGGAUUAUUCUUUACUAAUAUCAACGCUUGCUUCAAUUAUACAGAAAGAUGCAAAUGUUCAAGCUGUUACAAUAGCUGCACAAUCGAUAGAUACUGUUAUUGAGAAAUUGAGAUUACCAGGUUUUAAUAAGAAUUUAGUAAAUCUAUGUUUUAUCCCACUACUUGAAAGAACAAAAGAGAAAAAACAAAGUGUAAUAGAGGCAAUCAGAGGUACUCUUUAUUCCAUAGUAAAGUACCAUAACCCAAUUUCAAAUCAUAAUGAAGAUUUAUUACAAGAGAUUUUAAAAUAUAUGAAACACAAAAUACCACAAAUAAGAAUGGAGAGUACUAUGUUCCUCAACUAUAUUUUAAAGAAUUAUAAUACUGCAGAAACCACUAAGAUACUGUCGAAAUAUUUAGAGGAAGAAAUUGUACCAAAUGCAAUAAAGAUUGCAAAUGAUACACAACCAUCGAUUAGAAAUGAAGGUUUCGAAACAUUGGCUAUUUUAAUCAAAAUCUUUAUCGAUUCAAAUGAUUACGAUAUUUUAAAGGAUCCUCUAGAUAAACUAGAUAAUUUGAAAAGGAAAAAAAUUGAAGAAAUCGUCACAACAUUGCCCGAGUUUGCUCAAAAUACAUCCAAUCCAAAAAAUUUCAAUGAAGAAGAAAAAUUAUCAACUAGCCCUUUGAAUACAGACACUAACAAUGUUUUUAAUGGGAAUAGUGUUUCUGCAAACAAUUCAUUUUUAAACAAAUCGACCAUCCCGUCUAAACGUGUUGCUACAUCACCUUUGAGGAAGUUAAAUACAAAAACAACUCUUCCUACUAAAUCAAGUUUAGGUUCCACCCCAAGGAUAGCAUUACCAACAAAACCAUUAAACGUAAAUAGACAUACCCAGCAAAUGGAAAACUUUAGUGAUCAAAAAAUGAUUAAACUUGAAGUAGAGAUAAAUGAACUAAAAAAAGAUAAGCAAGAGUGGUUGAAAGAACGUCAUAAGGUAAUAGAACAAUUAAAUAACAAUCAGAGAAAACAUAAUCAAUUAUUAAAUGAGAUUGAAAUGUUGAAGAAACAGUUACAAAAUUCUCAAACUACAUUACAUGAAAAAAAUUUACAACUAAGAUCUAAAGAAUUACAACUCAAUAAACUCCAGGAUCGAAUUACUCAAUUGGAAGGACAUAAUAAUAAUUAUCAACCAAAUCAAAAUAUUCCUUCUUCUUCAUCUUCAUCUUUGUCUAAUGGAAGAUUAUUUUCUAAUAGCUUAGAUGCAAGAGUUUUACAUUCUGAAAAACCAUUAGGCACUUAUAACAAAAUUGGACACACCAGAACUGGAAGUGCCUCAAGUGACGAUCUUCCCCAUCGUGUAGAUUUAUUACAGAUUGAUUCAAGUUCCAAUGUGAAUGAUACAUUUGUCAAUGAGGAAAGUUGGAAAAGAGCUGCAGAAGUUACUUCACAAUUGAAAGCUAGAAUUGAAAGAAUGAGGGAAAAAUCAAGAGGAAUAGGUAAUUAA